ACAAUACCAUUCAACUUUGGUUGUAUCUACUUUUUUGGCGUGUGCACGUCACAGCCAUAAUUGACUUUUAUUCAAUUUUUCUUUCUCUCUUAAAUUCUUCAAAAUAAAUAAAUUUCAAUAAACAACACUAUUCAAUUCAACAUUUAUUUUUCAGAAGAAAUAAAAAAAAAAAAAAACUUCAAUAUUUUUCCUCAGCUGUUAGAUUAGAGUUUAGCAUCUCUCUCUUUCACCUAACCACGUUUUCAAUCUCUCUCUCAUCACUUUCUCUCUCUACAUUGGCGUGUGUCUCUUGCAUUCUCCGAAAGGUUUGUUAGAUUUGAAGCAGGAGAAUGGACUUCUUUACUAGAGAUAUAAAUGAGGACUCUAUCCUUAGGUGUCCUUUCUUGAGGAACAUUAAUGAACCCACUAACUUCUCAUUUGUUUCACCUUUGGCUUUUCCAAUGCCGGUGCGUGCAGCUAAAGGUCCAAUUUUUGAAGACGGUCCCAAUUUUGAUUUGGCAUUUAGGCUUUUCCAUGGGAGCGAUGGUGUAGUUCCCUUAUCUGAGAGAUCUUUUCAGCGUUUAGACAAAGUGAACCAUGAACCUCCAAAAUCCCAAUUCAAUCCAUUGGCUGCAAAGGCAGCAACUAUAAGUCUAUCAUCAUUUGGGUUUGGCGGGGCUUUCGGUUUUGACGCAUUUAAUGAGAAGUGGAAGAACAAGAAUAAAAACUCAAAAAAAGAACCUUCCUCAAAGGAUGGUUCGAAGCAUGAGGCAGGCAAUGACUGGCUGCAAAAUGGGAACUGCCCAAUUGCAAAGUCAUAUCAGGCUGUUAGUAAAGUCCUUCCACUUGUAGCAAAGGUUAUUCAGCCUCCUCCCGGUAUGAAAUACAGGUGCCCGCAGGUGAUAGUUGAUGCCCGGGCAGCUUUAGCACGCACCGCAUUUGCAAAGAAUCUCCGUCCUCAGGGCUUGCCGACAAAAGUUCUUGUGAUCGGAAUGAUGGGGAUGGCAGCAAAUGUUCCCUUGGGUAUAUGGAGAGAACAUACUGAGAAAUUUUCACCGUCAUGGUUUGCUGCAGUCCAUGCAGCUGUUCCAUUCAUAGCAAUGCUUAGGAAGUCUGUGUUGAUGCCUAAAUCAGCCAUGGCAUUUACUAUCGCAGCAUCAAUAUUGGGCCAAGUACUCGGGUCGAGAGCUGAGAGGUACCGUCUGAAGGCAGUUGCUGCAAAAAAGUUGUCUGCAAUAGAGACUACUGAUGUUGGUUCGGCUCAGUUACCAGUGGUUAAAUCUAAAGACAGGCACUGUGGUGAUGAUGCUGCUAUCAAGUGGAAUGCAUCUUCCCUUCAGCUGGCAGGAACUUCAUCAACUGAUGUAUUUUGUUGAUGGUUCUGCUGCACUGUAAUUGUCUCUGUACCCUGAGUGUGUAAUUUGUUCGAUUUGCCCAUUUCAAACUGAAUGCCUCAGUUGGCAAAAUGUCAUUUAGAUUUUUCCUCUUUGCCUUUUCUCUUAUGCUCCGGUAAUAAUGCAAAAACAUAUAAGUAAUAAAUAAAUAAAAGGCCAAUAUAAUGAUAUUGUAUUGGCUUUAUUUGAGUGAUUCGUUACUUCA